AUGAAUGAGGACAAGAAGACCCACCAGGACUUGCCUUCUCCCCUGGAAGCUGUGGCAUUGGACGACCUUCUGUGUCGGGGAGAGUGUGUGAAGUUCCACAGACUUUAUCACAGUGAGACAGUAGAAAGGAUAGAACGGACAGCUCUCAUCAAUGAAACCACCACGUGGUUUCUUACUAUGCUUUCAAAUGUCAGGGUUCAGGAUAUUCUUUGGCAAGGGGUCAGUUGGGGGGCGGCGGGGGCGGGCUCCUCGAGGUCUGGCGUUCACCGGCUUUCCCCUUUGGGCUCCUCUCCAGUCUCCAGGUUCAUGGGGCCGUCGGCUGGCGUGAAUGUGGCGGGCAUGGGGUCGCUGACUGGCAUCGCGGAAGCCGCCAAGUCGCUGGCGCCCUUGCACGCGGCGGCGGCGGCGCCGCGAAGGAAGCGCCGCGUGCUCUUCUCGCAAGCGCAGGUCUACGAGCUGGAGCGGCGCUUCAAGCAGCAGAAGUACCUGUCGGCGCCCGAGCGGGAGCACCUGGCCAGCAUGAUCCACCUGACGCCGACGCAAGUCAAGAUCUGGUUCCAGAACCACCGCUACAAGAUGAAGCGGCAGGCUAAGGACAAGGCGGCGCAGCAGUUGCAGCAGGAGGGCAACCUGGGCCCGCCGCCGCCGCCGGCAUCCCCGCGCCGCGUGGCGGUGCCGGUGUUGGUCAAGGACGGCAAGCCUUGCCAGAACGGGGUUCGAUGUUUGCAUUCGUGCAGGGCAGUUGAGACAAUGAACACCAACGGGUUGAGAAACUGCGAAGGCGCCUCCGGAGUACCUAGGACGAUACUUGAGUGCUCGGAUUUGGGUCUGGCGGCGGCAGAGACACACAAGACACCCUUAAGCAUCAGAGGUCUGAGCUUUCCCACGCCCACCUUCCCCUGCCUUCCCCUAAGCUCCUCCGCGAAGGAGCGGAGAGCUGGGCGGCGCGCACACAAGGCGCGGGACUUGCUGGAUUGGAGAAAACUGCGAGUGGGAUCCAGGUCCUCAAACGCCGCCACCAUCAGCACCGUGCGAAAUCGAAGAGCGCAGGGGUGGAAAACUCAGCAGAGGUGCACCCGAGCUCCCCUGCGCACCAAGGACCUUCAGUCCUACUCCGGGCUGCCCCCGACGUCCGAUCAUACGAGAUUAAUCUAUCGGUCAUUCAUCUAA